AUGAAAUUUUCUCAUUCGAUACAAUUUAACGCAGUUCCUGAUUGGGCUGACCAUUACAUUGCAUAUUCAAAUUUAAAAAAGCUUAUUUAUCAACUCGAAAAAGAUGUAAAUGUAACUUCAACUUCAACUGAUGCUGAAACUGGAAUAACAGAACAGUCACCUUUAUUAGCUGGUAAAACCAAAGCCAAUCCAAUAUUCACACUCGCAUUAGAUAAAGAAUUAGCAAAAAUAAAUACAUUCUAUUGUAAUAAAGAAAAAGAACUUUAUGAAGAUGUUGAUAAACUUAUUGCUGAAGCUGCACGUAUAGAAAAUCUUGAAGAUGGUGCAAGUGUUAAUUUCAAUAAUCUAAGUAGAUCUUAUCCAUCAACUGAUGGCUCGCAGUCUUCAUAUAUUCAUAGUCGAGAUGUCUCCUCACAUCAUCAAAGAAAAAGUUCUCUACAAUUCAGAAGAAAUCGAUCUGUUUCUGAUGUAACUGGCUCAUUUAUUAGUAGUAAUGAUGAUGUUGGGGGAGGGGAAAUUUGUGAGGAACCUAGUCGUAUAAGGUUUUCAGUUGAUUUUGAUAAUAAUAAUAAUGUUGGUGAUCGUGAUGAUCGCAGGAUUUCUUUUUUAUGGGGACCACCAACUGUUGAAGAACAAAAAAUAGCUUUUAAAAAACAGGUUAUUGAACUUUUUGUACGUCUAUCUGAACUAAAAUCAUUUGUGUCACUUAAUGAGACAGGUUUUUCAAAAAUAUUGAAGAAAUAUGAGAAAAUUAUUGGGUGUAAGUUAAAGUCUCACUAUUUAACAAGUGUUGUCAGUGAGGCUUAUGCAUUCAAGAGAUCAAUACGUCAAAAACUUGAGUCAGAAAUUCUUAGGGUACAGGAAAUCUAUUCAAACUUCUAUACAAAUGCUGAUAGAGAUGUUGCCAUCAAUGAACUUAAAACUCAUCUGAGAGAAUUUAUUGUUUGGGAAAGAAAUACAAUAUGGAGAGAUAUCAUUGGAUUGGAAAGAAAGAGUCAUGCUGUUAAUAUUAAAGCACCAGGGAAUAUAAUUAAAACACCGCCUGAAAUAUCAACGCCAUUUGGAAAUUUGACUAUAAAUGACAUAUUUUGUAAAAAUAUGAUUAUACUGAUAAUGUGCAUUAUAAUUUUUCUUCUAUUGCUAAAUUUUCCAAUUUUUAAACAUGAGGAACAAAGGAAUUGUUUUGCUUUAUUGGUAUUUGCAAGUCUUUUAUGGUCUACAGAGGUUAUGCCACUUUUUGUAACAUCACUGCUAAUUCCAUUAUUGGUGGUAUGUUUACGUGUUCUACGUUCUGAUGAUGGGACACGUCUUGAUGCACAUUUAGCAACCAAACAAAUCUUUGCUGCGAUGUUUUCGCCAGUGAUAAUGUUGCUUUUAGGUGGAUUUGCUAUAGCAGGAGCAUUGAGCAAAUACCAUAUAGCAAAAAUGAUGGCAACAUUGGUUUUAUCAAAGGCUGGUACAAAACCCAGUUCUGUAUUGUUGGCUAAUAUGUUUGUUGCAACAUUUGCCAGUAUGUGGAUAAGUAAUGUUGCAGCACCUGUUUUGUGCUUUUCAUUGAUACAACCUAUUCUUAGGAAUCUACCAUCAAAUGUAUCAUUUGGGCGUUGUUUGAUUAUUGGUAUUGCAUUAGCAUCAAAUGUAGGUGGUAUGGCAUCACCAAUAUCAUCUCCUCAAAACAUAAUAGCAAUUGAAAACAUGCAUCCUUCACCAACAUGGAUUCAAUGGUUUGCUGUGGCAAUACCCUUGUGCAUAAUUAUAGAUAUUUUGAUAUGGGCCUUGCUUCUUUGGAAUUAUAAGCCAACAAAAAGUCUAAUAAUUCUUCCAAUAAGAACCUCCAGAGACCCAUUAACUGGAUCACAAAUCUAUGUGAUAGUAGUUACCAUUAUAACGAUUGUUUUAUGGUGUAUUGAAAAGAAGUUGGAAUUUUUUUUGGGUGAUAUGGGGAUUAUAGCAAUAGUUCCAUUGGUUUUAUUUUUUGGAACAGGAAUUUUGACCAAAGAAGACUUCAAUAAUUUCUUGUGGACAGUGAUUAUACUUGCUAUGGGUGGUAUUGCACUUGGAAAGGCAGUGUAUAGUUCAGGAUUAUUACACUUUAUAGCUAAAAAUAUUCAGGCUAUGGUUAAUGAUUUUGGAGUUUGGCAAGUUUUAGUGGUUUUCUCCAUCCUGGUACUUGUCUUUUCAACAUUUAUCAGUCACACUGUUGCUGCUCUUAUCAUUUUACCUAUUGUUGCAGAAGUUGGUCGUCGAUUAAGUGAUUCACAUCCAAAUUUAUUAGUAAUGGGUUCGGCAUUAACAUGCUCAUUAUCAAUGGGAUUACCAGUAUCAGGGUUUCCAAAUAUGAAUGCGAUUAUGAUGGAAGAUGAUAUGGGUGUUCGAUACUUGACUACAUAUGAUUUCCUAAAAUCUGGUGUACUAGGCUCUGUAAUUGGAUUAUUUUCAGUAAUCACAAUUGGUUAUGUAUUAAUGGUUUCUAUAGGAUUUUAA